CUGUGUCACUGAUAGCAACAGUCCCUCUUCCUUUUUUUGGUCUAACUCGCUCCCUCUUCUCCACACGGACAUUUCUCCCCCUGCUGCCCAGAUGCUCAGCUCCGUCAUGGACGCCCUGCAGGGCUUCGGGGUGAGCACCACCCACUACCUGCAGACCAACUACCAGGACGCCCAGGGUCUGUUCCUCUGGGUGUCCUGGGCGGCUGACCUCAGGAACACCUUCUUCAUCUUCUUCCCACUGUGGUUUCACCUGCGAGCCUCCGUGGGCAUCAAGCUCAUCUGGGUGGCCGUGAUCGGGGACUGGCUGAACUUGGUGUUUAAAUGGAUUCUGUUUGGGGAGAGGCCUUACUGGUGGGUCCACGAGACGGCUCACUACGCAAACACCGUCCCUCCUCACAUCGAGCAGUACCCCAUGACCUGUGAGACUGGGCCAGGCAGCCCCUCCGGUCACGCCAUGGGAGCCGCUGGUGUCUACUACACGCUGGUGACCUCCAUCCUCGCCCUCACGAUCAGCAAGAAGAAAUAUGGAAGCAAGAAAUCCACCAACAGAGAGUGGUACCUGAAGGCUGUUCUGUGGACGCUGUUCUGGGGAGUCCAGGUGUGUGUGUGUCUCUCCAGGGUCUUCAUCGCCGCCCACUUUCCCCACCAGGUCGUUUGCGGGGUUAUCUCAGGUAUGAUCGUGGCUGAAGCCUUCAACAGAACCCAGUGGAUCUACAACGCCAGCAUGAAGAAGUACUUCUACACCACCCUGUGCUUGACCUCCUUCGCUGUGGGCUUCUACCUCCUGCUCAAGGCUCUGGGUGUGGACCUGCUCUGGACCCUGGAGAAAGCCCACAAGUGGUGCGUGAGGCCCGAGUGGGUCCACAUGGACAGCACGCCCUUCGCCAGCCUCCUGCGGAACAUGGGCACCCUGUUCGGCCUGGGCCUGGGCCUGCACUCGCCGCUCUACACCGAGACCAAGAAGAGCAGCAGCAAGGUGAUGAAGGCGGGCUGCGUCCUCAGCUCCCUGCUCCUGCUGCACCUGUUCGACUCCUUCAAGCCUCCCACGCACACCGCCUCCCUCUACUACCUGCUGUCCUUCUGCAAGAGCGCCGCCGUGCCCCUGGUCACCGUGAGCAUCAUCCCCUACUGCGUGCACAGGGCCCUGAGCCUGCAGAACAAGAAGGCAGCGUGAGCAGUGGAUCAGAUCAUAAAAGACUGAUGAAAGGGCAAGAGUCUCAUCCACUGGUCCUCAGGAGAAACAGAGGAGAUCAACGAGAGAUUGUCACUGGUGCCUUUUGAACACUGAACUGUGUGUGUGACAAUUUGUGGAAAGCACUAUCCAGGACGCCCGGCAGCACUUCCAGAGACAUAUUCUGAACUUAUUCAACAAUACCACGAUUAUUGGACAAACAAAAUCCGCACAAGUCCCUGUUUGUAUUUUCAGUCGUUGUGUUGAAACUCAGACGAAAGGACAAUAUCGCUCACUCACAGCUUUGAUGUGUUAUUUCUAAUGUAACAAUUAUGUAUUUUCAAAUGUUACAUAAAAUAUUUUUGAGACGGUUUUGAAUAAUUUAUUAUAAAAAUCAUGAAAAUGUAUCAAAUGAGCUGGUUCGUGUUUUACUGCAUCACACGAGUACAAUGGACUAUAAUGUAAUUUCCUUUAAUCAACAUUUACUGAUAUUUAACCACUUAUUCAUCAAAUAUUCAGAUAUUUUACUAAAUAGUAGCAGUAGCACAGUAAAGAAAAAUACUUGAUAUCAAGUAAAGUUCCUGCAUCAGCAUCUUUUUUUCUUAGUUCCUGUGUGUGUUUCUUUUGUCAAUUUGUCUGUUUGUUGUCAUCUUGUGUUUCAUCUGAAGAUUGUUUGUCUCUAUUUGGACGUUUUGUGUUGUGUGUGGUCACGAUGAAGAACAACUGAAGAUGAGCUUCGUAAACAUUUAAGCUAAAACACUUCUGUCUUCAGUUUAUUUCCAUUUUUUCGAAAAUAAAUGAAUGUCUGACCUUU